AUGUCAUCUAAAAUUCAAAUGGAAUCAAUUUCAUAUCUUGACUGUCAACAAGAAAAUGAUAAAUACAAUAAAUCGAAAAAUACACCAAGCAACCCAUUCAAAUCACAUCGUAAGACAACCUCUGCAUUGGUGAGAAACGCAGAUUUGGCACUCAAUGACAUAACCAAUUCACCACCACAGUCAUCCAGCAACAAAGACAGCAGCAAUAAAAGCAGCCAAAACUCAAACAUUCAAUCCAUUACUCCAAUUAAGUCAACAACAACAACAACAUCUAUUUCAUCUACACCUGUUAAGAAUUCUCUAGUUAUAGAUAGCAAUCCAGCAAAAACCUAUACUUUGUCAUUGGUUAUUUCAAUCCAAUCAAUCCAUUUUCAAUUCCAAUUCCAAAAUAUUCCAACAUAUAUAAAUUUUUAG